AUGGAUGCACAUCAUGCCAUGACGGAAACUCAUCGCCAUCUUUUGCAAUUUUUGAUGGCUCACCGAUUUCAAUCGGAAGAUGAUUUACGAGACAAACUAGAGAAUUAUAAAUUGGAACAUCAAUACGGAUUAUUAGUGGAAAAUAUGCGUUCGCAAAAUACCAAUGUACAUUAUGAUAAAACUUUGGAAGAAUUCAUCGGAACCAUUAAUAGGGCUCUUUCACUUCUACAUUUUAAAAUUGUCAAGACAAAACAUCCCAAGACUCGAAAAAUACUUUAUACAAUCAUUAAUGAAUUAGAUGACGAAAUUUCAAAAUUAUCAACAAGAUUUUCUCCCGACGAAUUGACCUUCUUUAAAACACUCAUAGAGGCCCUUGCAGAUGAACAAGAUAUUUCCAAACUAACAGCUAAUAGCAAUAGACCAAAAACUUUGAGUAUGGAAGCAGCUGAUAUUGCAUUGGAUGCAUUCAUUGAAGAAGGUUGGCUUGAAGAAAUCAACGGAAAGCUAGCACUAGGUAUUCGAUCCAUCACUGAUUUAGAGACUGUAAUUUCCGAACUUACAGCAAUGGCAGAUGAAGAACCGGCAACAGAAGAGGUUCAAGAAGAAGAUGAAUAA